AUGAGAUAUCGCACAGCAAGCAAAUUCCCUGAUGCAUGUGCAAUUAUCUCCGGACCAGCAUCCUCAUCUCACCAACAUACCAGCAUCCUCAUCUCACCUCCUGACAAGCAUCCUCAUCUCCUCCCCGGACGAGCAUCCUCAUCUCCUCCCCGGAUCAGCAUCCUUAUCUCCCCGGACGAGCAUCCUCAUCUCAUCUCCGGACCAGCAUCCUCAUCUCACCAACAUACCAGCAUCCUCAUCUCACCUGACAAGCAUCCUCAUCUCCUCCUUGGACCAGCAUCCUCAUCUCAUCCCCAGACCAGCCUUCUUAUCUCAUCCCCAGACCAGCCUUCAUAUCUCAUCCUCAUACCCAGCCUCCUCAUCUCACCCCCAGACCAGCAUCCCCAUUUCCUCCCAGGACCAGCAUCCCCAUCUCCUCCUUGGACUAUCACCCCCAUCUCCUCCCAGGACCAGCCUCCUCAUCUCAUCCCCGAAUCAGCAUCCUCAUCUCAUCCCGAGGGUGUCUCGCCUCGGGUGUCUAUCGCCCUGGAGGAGCAAGAGUAG